GGAUCCAAUCAAUAUAUAAACAUAAUUUUUGUGCAGGAACAAAUGAACAAGUGUAUCUAUAGUAUACUACUUUGUUGUUUGAUAAAAGUAGAAUAGAAUGGCUGCACAGAUCAGUCCUUGUUCUUCCUCUCCCUUUCCUUCUACAAAAUUCUCCAGAAAAUCAUGGCUUUUCAAGAUUCAUUCGAAAAUCAAUCCGAAUAACCAGUUUGAACUCAAAUCCUCACAUGGGUAUCCUCCUCUGAAUUCGGUUUCUUUGCAGGAUCAUGUCGUAUCGAACAACGCUAUGAAUCAAUCGCAUCUGCCUUCUUUCAACUCACUCAGACGACUGUUCUUGAUUUCCUGUUAUCAUUUUCUGGUAGCUUUUCGAGUAGAUGCAGUAGCAGAGAUAGAGAAGCCUUUAGCUAAAGAAAAUGUACCACCCGAACAAACCGAACCCAAUUUAAGUGUAACCGUUGUUGGUGCGUCAGGUGAUCUCGCCAAAAAGAAAAUAUUUCCGGCCCUGUUUGCUUUGUUUUAUGAAGAUUGUUUACCGCAGAAUUUUAUUGUAUUUGGUUAUGCUCGAACCGAAAUGACUGAUGAGGAACUGAGGGAGACCAUUAGUAGAACAUUAACUUGUCGAAUUGAUAAGAGAGAGAACUGUGGUGAUAAAAUGGAAGAGUUUCUUGCAAGAUGCUUUUACCAUACGGGUCAAUACAACUCCGAGGAAAAUUUUGCAGAAUUGGAUAGUCGGCUAAAACAGAAAGAGGAUGGAAAGACGUCGAAUAGGCUGUUUUAUUUGUCAAUACCUCCGGACAUUUUUGCGGAUGUGGUACGCUGCGCCAGUGGCAAAGCGUUCUCAAAAACCGGGUGGACAAGGGUAAUCGUGGAAAAACCGUUUGGGCGUGACUCAGAAUCUUCCGCUGAGUUAACAAGAAGCUUGAAGCAGUACUUAGUUGAGGAUCAAAUCUUUAGGAUUGAUCAUUAUUUGGGCAAGGAGCUAGUAGAGAAUUUAUCAGUUCUUCGUUUCUCGAAUGUUGUUUUUGAACCACUUUGGUCAAGAAACUACAUUCGAAACGUACAAUUUAUAUUUUCCGAAGAUUUUGGAACAGAAGGGAGAGGAGGAUACUUUGACAACUAUGGUAUUAUUCGCGAUAUAAUGCAAAAUCACCUAUUGCAAAUAUUAGCAUUGUUCGCAAUGGAAACACCCGUGAGUUUGGAUGCCGAGGACAUUAGAAAUGAGAAGGUCAAAGUUUUGAGGCCAAUGAGACCUUUAAGACUCGAAGAUGUAGUCAUUGGUCAAUACAAGGGUGGUCAAAGCAAAGGCGGAAAGUCGUAUUUAGGAUACACGGAGGACCCCACCGUCCCAAACAAUAGCUUAACUCCAACUUUUGCGGCCGCAGCUCUCUUCAUCGAUAAUGCUCGGUGGGAUGGCGUUCCUUUUCUUAUGAAAGCCGGGAAGGCCCUCAAUACUAGACGGGCGGAAAUCAGAGUUCAAUUUAGACCUGUUCCAGGUAACCUAUACAAAAAAUACUUCGGUAUGGAUAUGGAUAAGGCUACAAACGAGCUCGUGCUUCGUGUCCAGCCCGAUGAAGCCAUUUAUCUCAAGAUUAAUAGUAAGAUUCCUGGUCUUGGAAUGAAGCUUGACCAAAGUGACCUGAAUUUAUUCUAUCGUACGAGGUACCUAAAGGAAAUUCCGGAUGCAUACGAGAGACUUUUGUUGGACGCGAUACAAGGAGAAAGAAGAUUGUUCAUAAGAAGUGAUGAACUUGAUGCAGCUUGGUCUAUAUUCACACCACUAUUAAACGAACUCGAAACAAAGAAGAUUGCACCGGAGUUGUAUCCGUAUGGUAGUAGAGGGCCGGUCGGAGCUUAUUAUCUAGCAGCUAAGUAUAACGUUCGGUGGGGAGAUAUCGCGGGAGAUGAAUGAUUCACAUGUAUAUUUGCGCAUUAUAUCCAAGAUGACUAUGAGAUGUUAGAGAUGAGAUUGCGUUUAAAUCCGUAACACCAUUCGUUGAUGUAAUCCGAAAUUUAGGGGUGCAAACGAGCCGAGCUACUCGCGAGCUACUCGAGCUCGGCUCGAAAAAAAGAUCGAACGAGCCGAGCUUAAACGAGCUCGAGCUCGAGCCUAAAAAACAAGCUCGUUUAGUAAAGGAGCCCGAGCUUCGCUUAUCGAGCUCGAGCCAGCUCGCGAGCCUAAACGAGCUUUCUGUUUAUAUAUUAUUUAUUAAUAUAUUAAACAUAUAUUUAUAUAAUAAUAAUUACCAUUUAUAUAAAUAUAAAAAAAAUAACUUAAUUAUAUGUAUAAUAAUAAUUAUAAUUAAUAUAAAUUAAUUAAUAAAUACUAAACGAGUCGAGCCCGAACCGAGCUCGAGCUUUAGAAAUAAAGCUCGAAUCGAGCCGAGCUCGAGCUCGAGCUUUCAUAUGUUAAACGAGCUCGAGCUCGAGCCUGGUCGAGCUCGGGCUCGGCUCGGCUCGUUUGCACCCCUGCCGAAAUUCAUAACCAAUCCACGACGAUUGGGUCAAUAACAUUAGUGUCGGAGUGAA